AUGGCAGAAGAGCUGCAAGGGGAGGUCAAACAGGACGGAACACCACCAGCCAAAGAAACCCAUCACGAAGCUGCUGCUGUUUCCCCUAAACACCAGCUAAAUGGGACCAGUGGUGGUGGGGUAGAUGUCGAUGCUCAGGAAAUGGUCAUUGCCUCGCUCCGCCUUCAGGUCCAAGAUCUCUUUUCCCAGGUCAACCAGCUCAAUAACAAGCUGGUGAAAUCAUAUGAUCGGGUCUCCGACCUCGAGGACAAUCUCCAUGUCGCUUCCUCCAGUCUUCGUUCUUCGUCCCUAAAGAUAUCUCAGCUUGAGCUUGAGCGCACACAGCAUCUCUCUGCUCUGAACACAGGUUUACUCGUUGAGAAAUCGCAUGUCACGGCGGAGCUCAACAGGCUUAUGGAAAAGGCAACGGAGGAAGCAGCUCAACGCGGUCAGGCAGAGUCGGCUAGGAAUGCUAUUGAGAAGGAUCUCGAUGAUCUUAGCGCAACACUUUUUGGACAGGCGAACACAAUGGUUGCGGAAGCGCGAUUCGCUCAGCACCUUAGCGAACGGAAAGUGGAGGACGCACAAAGUGCAUUGAAGGGAGCGGAGGAGGUUGUUAGUCUCAUGCAAAAUCAGAUGCAAGUCUUGCAAGCAGAGAAGGAGCUUGCAGACAAUAAAUCGCGAGAAAUGGAGUUGCUCAUGGGCAAGGGCAAGUGGGUUCAAAGAGGCGAAGUCGAUCAGACGCGUUCUCUGAAGUUACUGAGCUCGCAUUCUCCAUACCAAGAAUUCCUUCUCUUUGUGGCCCAUUUACGUUUGCUGCGUCCCAACUCGCCUUGCCCACCUGCAAUGUCAACGCUCCUGCCACUACCCUUCUUGGCGCGGCUAUUGAACGAAGACUCUGAACCAACUGUUCGUCUCGACCUCGCCCCAUCGUUAAACUGGCUCUCUCGGCGUUCUGUUCUUGCUGCCAUUCACACCGGUCAACUCACCAUCGAACCCAUUCCGGUUGGUACUCUGCUACAAGAAGCCUCAUCGUUCCCAACGCCCACGACCAUUGCGGGCCUUAACAGCAGCAAUGAUAAUGCUUCAUGUGCCCUUUGUGGUACAUCCGUAUUUUCCACAGAUGCAACAUCUUUGCGACCGAGCAGACCCAACCCGCACCCGGUGAGCAUUAGCAACUUCCACUCAAACUCAGCAACUUGGUCGGCAGGUGCUUUUUUUAAGCGCACAUCUUCAACGCUUAACACCACACAACCGCCAUCACCUACAAAUUCUGCCUCCCGGGCGUCAACGGCAGAGGUCACCUCACAUCACGUUUACAUAUUCCGACUUGCAUCGACACCAGCAUCGACUAUCUCUGCCUUCCCACUUCCUAACCUCUCCAAAUCAUUAUCUAGCACAGGCUCCUCUACCCCUCCUCAACAUCCCUCUGGAUACAAUAGUAGCCCGUCUUCCGCAGCAUCAAAUAACCAAUCUACAACCAUAUACCCCUUGUGUUCAUCUGGCUGGUGCCUCCUUCGUCUUCGUGCGACAUGUAGUUUAUGGUCUUUUGUUCGUACCGGAAUCGUCGAAAAGGUUUGGGAAGAGGAAGUCCCUACCGCAUUUUCACCACCACCUUCCGUUCCUCAGCCGGGUGGUGGGGAAAAACCGCCCAUACCUCCGAGGAAACGAGGUUUAUGGGGUAUAGCCAGCGCUCUAGGAGAGAAGGCUGCAAGUUGGAGUGACAGUGAUAAAGGCAAGGGGAAGCCAUCUGCAACAGCGACCCUUCCAAACACGCCCCCAUCUGAACCAGCAGUUUCGGAAGUUAAGAAAAGGCAAUUACCUCCUCCACCUCCCUCUCAUCCAUCCAGUGCUACUGGACAUGGUCCUCAGCCCUCUGUGCAUGGUGUGCCUCCUCCCCUGCCAAAAAGAAACGCAGGACGCGGUCGUGUGCCCUUGAAACCAUCGCCAAGCGGUUCAGAUGCCGAAGCGCCUGCAGCCACUGCUGCCACGCCCCAAACCGAUCUCGUUACGACAACCGAGCCACCUACUAAUUCGCAAACAGUGUCAGCAGCGCCGUUAAUGCCUCCUGAACGAUCAUCAACCCCGCAUAGCGUUCCUCUACCCGAGUCGCGGCCAUCGACCCCAGCGAAUCUACCACCUCGUAUCGCGUCGCCUGCUGCUGUGGGCGCGACUCCUCCAUUGCCUAGGAGGGCGGCGGCGAGAAGGCCUGUUCCUCCGGUUACGGGCAGUAGUCUUUCACGACCCACAACCCCUGCUGUCAGCAAUACCACUCCGCCUCCGACUGAAAACCCUCCUCCUGUCGAAAGAGAGCCCGUUGUUGCUGAUAUUGAGGCUGCGAUAAGUCCGGCGGCCCCUGGAGCGGCGAGCGAAGGAGAAGUUAGCGAAGAGUCUGAGUUGGAGAAGCCGAGACCAGUUGCGGAUGCUGAAGAGGUCGUCAACCUCGCUACCGUUGUUGACGAGAAGACGACGGCCCCUAGUCUCGAGGAAGCUGUUGAUGAAAGCGCUACUACCGAAGGCAAGCUCUUAGACAGGUCCAUGCAGGGAUCUCCAGUCUCCGAAGAUGUUUUCCUAGAUGCACCAUCAGAAAAGGUGGCUAGUGGUCAAUCUUCACCGACACUCAAACUCAAUGAGGAAAAUACCGUUGUGGAAAGCAAACCUGUUGGUAGCAAUGAUCUAUCCGAAUUACGGGGUGUUUCUGAGGGCCAUUCCGAGGAUCAAGAUGAGACGGCUGUGUCCAAGGACAAGGGGACGUACAUUGGGGACACAACGUGGGAAGAGAGGACGUGGAAGGAGCUUGUCAGGUUGAAGGAGGAUAUGUUUUGGGCGCGUGUCGGCGGAUUACGAUGA